AUGCUGAGCGCCGACAGGAUGGAGGAGUUUCAGAGCGAGGAAGAGGAGCCCUGGUACGACCAGCAGGACCUGGAGCAGGACUUGCAUUUGGCUGCGGAGCUGGGGAAGACGCUGCUGGAGCGCAACAAAGAGCUGGAGGACUCCCUGCAGCAGAUGUACGCCACCAACGAGGAACAAGUGCAGGAAAUCGAGUACCUGACGAAGCAACUAGAGAUGUUGCGGCAGAUGAACGAACAGCAUGCGAAAGUCUACGAGCAGCUGGACCUGACAGCACGGGACCUGGAACUAGCUAACCAGAAGCUCGUGCUGGAAAGCAAGACAUCCCAACAGAAGAUACAGUGCUUGACGGAAACGAUCGAGGGGCUGCAGAACCAAGUGGAGGAGCUGCAGAAGCAGGUGGAGGAAAUGCGGAGCUUGGAGCAGCUCCGCAUUCGGCGGGAGAAGAGGGAGCGGCGCCGAACCAUCCACACCUUCCCCUGCCUUAAGGAGCUGUGCUCCAGCCCCAGGUAUGAGGAUGCAUUCCAAGUCCACAGCUCUUCCACAGAGUUCAACCAGAAGCCACUGGAGAGGGAGAAUGAGCGUCUCCAAGCCAUGGUGAACUCCCUGAGGUCCCAAGUCAACCAGGAGAAGCAGCGGAAGGAGAGGGUUGAGCGAGAGUACACCUCCGUUAUUCAGGAGUACUCGGACCUCGAGCAGCGGGUGUGCGAGAUGGAGAACUGCAAACUGCGCAUCAAGGAACUGGAAGCAGAGCUCCUAGAGCUACAACAGAUGAAACAAGUCAAGAAGUAUCUGCUCAGCAGAGAAGACAACUUGUCUGAGGCCCUCCUUGAGCCACUGAAUAACGCCCCAGAGGCAGACUACAUUGACCUGUCUGAGGAGGAGGGAGGGAAAGGUCAUGGGCCAUCAAUGACACCUUCCCCAAACCACCCUGUCCGGAAAAGCUGCAGUGACACAGCCCUCAAUGCCAUCGUGACCAAGGAUGCCGUGAGCCGGCACGAGGGCAAUUACACGCUGCACGCUAACAAUGUGCGCAAACGGGGCAUGUCCAUCCUGAGGGAAGUGGACGAGCAGUACCAUGCCUUGCUGGAGAAAUACGAAGAGCUCCUGAGCAAAUGCCGGCAGCACAAGGACAGCGUGCGCCACACAGGGGUCCAAACGUCCCGGCCCAUCUCUCGUGACAGCUCCUUCAGAGACUUCCGGGGAGAGGGACAUGAGUUGGAAGAGCGGAAAACCAUGGAGAAGACCAUCAGCAAACACGUGGAGGCAGUGGACAAGCGGCUGGAGCAGAGCCAGCCAGAAUACAAGGCUCUUUUUAAGGAGAUCUUCUCCCGCAUCCAGAAAACAAAAGCAGACAUCAAUGCCACAAAGGUGAAAAACAAAAGCAGCAAAUGA